AUGUCUUCCCCAGCUGGUCUGGAGUCGAUGAAGAGACUGCAGCGGUUAUCAUUGGAUCACAACCAGCUGAUCAGCACCAGAGGACUGAGGGACGUCUACACGCUGCUGCACCUGAACUGCUCUCACAACCACCUGUUGACGGUGGAGGGUCUGGAGAACAGCGCUCUGCUCUGCACGCUGGACCUGAGCGCCAACAGUCUCACUGAGCCCCCCAGCCUGAGCAACCAGGUCCUCCUGAGCGAGCUGCACCUCCAGGACAACAGCAUCUCCUCCCUGCAGAGCCUCAGCGCCGCCUGGAUGCCCCUCCUGCAGCAGCUCUCUGUUGCCCAGAACAGGUACCCUCCUCCAGGCAUACUUAUUCU